AUGGUUAGUGCAGAACUUCUACAUAAAAUUGAUAAUCGUCUAAAACAAAUAACAGGCAAAAACACAGAUUUCGGAAGUAUAGAUGUUAUUUUGAUCGGAGAUUUACGGCAAUUGCCACCAGUAAGAUCGACACCAAUUUACAAGACAAUCAGAACGAGCAUGAUUGGACCGCAUUUAUGGAGAAAAUUAAAAUUUUAUCAACUCACCACAGUAAUGAGACAAGCUAAUGUUGCAUUUUCACAAGUUUUGACAAAAAUAGGUAAUGGAGAUGUACUGGAUGAGCAUGAGUUUCAACUUAUUGAAUCGAGAUUUUUCAAAAAAGAGGAUGUUGCUACAUUAUGUCCUGAUGGAGUUCGUUUAUUUUUUAAAAAUGAAGAUGUUGCCGCCUAUAACAAUUUGAUUUUGAGCCAAUGUGAAAACAAAGUUCUUUCAACGUCCGUAGACGUCAUUAUUGGCGCUAAAAGUGCUGAGCAAGAAGCUAAUUUUAGACUUAAAUUACAUAAAAAAUCUGUUAUUGACACUGGAGGGCUGCCUUAUCACAUUACUUUUGUCGUUGGAAAGCAUUAUGUUAUUACAACUAACAUCGACGUUACUGAUGGUUUGUGCAAUGGUGCUGUUGGGAAAUUGGUACAUCUAGAAUUUGAUGAAAGUAACACAUUAACAAGAGUUUGGCUGGAAUUUUGUGGUUCAGAUAAAGUGGGUAGGAAAAAAAGGCAAAAAGCAGCCGCUCUAGCAGUGCAAAACAGAGUUGGCAAUCUCGCUGUUCCCAUUGAAUUACGAACAGCAAAUAUUUCAUUAACAUCGGAUAGAAAAUGUAUAGCCAAACGCAAACAUUUUCCAUUAACUUCAGCUCUUGCUUUAACUAUACAUAAGUCGCAAGGUGGAACUUUUGACGAAAUGGUAUAUGAGUAUAGUAAAGCACAUUCUCAGGAACUCGUUUAUGUUGCGCUCUCUCGGGUGACUAAUAUUGAAAAAUUGUAUAUCACGACAAAAAACGAUAAUUCUACAUUCAAGUUUUAUCAUAAUCGAAAGCAAGCUGCAUCGACUGCAUCUUUGUUGCAAGAAUUCAAAAGACUGUCUUUAAAUAGUGUUCAGACGGUAGCUCAAAGUGUAUUAGAUUUCAUUAGUAAUGGAAAUGGCAUUUCAAUAAUGACUUUCAACUGCCAAAGUCUAAAUAGUCAUAAAUACGGUUUACAAGAUUCAGUUACGAGACAAACAAAUGUGUUACGUCUUACCGAAACUUGCAUGACGCAUGAUAAUCCGAUUGAAAUACCUAAUUUUAAUUGUAUUGUUCAGUUCAAACGAGAUACUGUUCCAAAAGGUGGGGUAGCUAUUUACCAAAAUAAAAAUAAUAUUACUUAUAUGUCUAAUAUUAUGACUCCGAAUAUUGAAAUAAAUAUUGCACACGUUAGCGAUGUUAAUGUUAGGCGCUCAGUUGUUGGAGAUAUUUGUGCGUGCCUAUGCAAACUUAUAAAUGGCCUACAAAUAGUUAUGGUUGCAAUUUACAUUUCUCCGAAUCCAAAAUUGGACGAGGUAGAGCAUUUUAUUCAUCGCACUUUACUGGAGUACACUGAAGAAGGGUCGAAAAUACUUGGUACAAAUGGUAAUAAAAUUCCACUUAUCUUGGCUGGCGAUUUCAACUUUAACUUCGCUGAUAGAAAAUCAGAGCGGUUGACAACUUUUCUAUCAAAAACAUUGAAUUUGAAAAUGAAUAAUAAUCCACAAGAGUCCACAACAAAAUAUGGGACCACCAUUGACGCGGUAUUUUCUAGCGGCAAAGAAGUGAAAAUUGGCUGGAGGAAGAUAAGCAUUUAUUGA